GAAUAUGAGACGCCUCUGAUGCAAAACGAAUAAAGGUCAAUGUGGAUGCUGCGAGCGGCUCUGCAGGGUAGUCGUCAGUCGCGGUGGAUUCCUCAGGCUCGUCUCUGCAGCCCCUCGGUGCUCCUGAUCGCCGCCGCUAACCUGCCUCCUCUGCCACGCCACACGCCGCCGCUCGUCCCCCCCGCCCCGGCGCCGCCUCUGAGAUGGACACCGAGUCGACCCACUCGGGCUACUCCUAUCACUCCAGCCGCUCCGGGAGAUCCAACCGACACGGGGAUCGAAGCCGUGAGCGGCAUAAAGCCAGCAGCAGUAAAGACAGCAGCCGGUCUGAGAGGUCGGUGGUCAUCAACCCGCCGGACACGCCGUCCCAGGAAUCCCCCGUUCACAACGGAGAGCCGCUGCCUGGAGAACCCACGCAGGCAGCCGACCAUGGAGACGACGCUCAGGAUGAUAACUGGGGGGAAACCACCACCGCCGUGACCGGCACCUCCGAGCUCAGCGUCUCCCAGGAGGAGGUGGUCGGCCUGGGCAAGGAGGUGCAGGACCGCACCCAGGGCUUCCGCCGCUACCUCCCCGUGGCGGUGGGCUCGUGCGUGGGGCUGCUGGUGCUGGCCACGCCCCUGGUCUUCCUGCUGCUCCCGGCCGUGAUGUGGCCCGACCGGCUGGAGGCGUGUGGCGCGGCCUGCGAGGGCCUCUUCCUCUCCAUCUCCUUCAAGCUCCUCAUCCUCCUGGUGGCCGUCUGGGCCUUGUUUCUGCGGCCGAGCCGGGCCUGCCUGCCCAGGGUGUGUGUGUACCGUGCCUUUCUCACCACGCUCACGCUCCUGCUCACCAUGUCCUACUGGCUCUUCUACGGAGUUCGGAUCCUCGAUGCACAGGAUGAGGAUUACCACGGCAUCGUCCAGUUCGCCGUGUCCCUGGUGGACUCCCAGCUCUUCGUCCACUACCUGGCGGUGGUGCUGCUGGAGCUCCGCCACCUCCGGCCGUGCUACAGCGUGUGCGUCAUUCGCUCCACAGAUGGCGAGACGCGUCACUACAACAUCGGCCAGCUCAGCAUUCAAAGGGCCGCUCUGUCCAUUUUGGAGUUCUACUACAGAGAUUUCCCCCUCCAUAACCCAGCUCUCCUCUCGGCCUCGAAGCACCGGGCUGCCAAACAUCUGGCCGGACUGAAGGUCUACAAUGUGGACGCCCCGGGGAGCACGGCGGGGGCUCAGCCCGGUAAUGGGAACCCGUCACGGGCCAUGGUCACAGCUGCAGCCAAACGCAAGGACAGCGCCCACAACGAGCUGUACUACGAAGAGGCCGACUACGAGAGACGGGUCCGCAAGCGCCGAGCCCGGCUGGUGGUGGCUGUGGAGGAAGCCUUCACGCACGUCCGGCGCAUGAAGAAAGAGGACGAGCGGGCGACGCCGUCCGACAUCAUGGACGUGCGCGAGGCGGCCCUGGCCGUCUUCCCCUCUCUGGCCCGUGCCCUGCAGAAGUACCUCCGCACCACCAGGAGGCAGCACUGCCACAGCAUGGAGAGCAUCCAGAAGCACCUGGCCUUCUGCCUGGUCAACAACAUGAGCCCUAAGGCUUUCCUGGAGGCGUACCUCGCCCCCGGUCCCACCCUGCAGUACGGCCCCGAGCGCUGGAUGGCGGAUCAGUGGACUUUGGUCAGCGAGGCCUCCGUCACCAGUGGCAUUAAGGAGGGCUCGGAGUUCCUGCUCCGGUGCCUCGACUUCAACCUGGCCGUCACGGUCAAGGGCAUCCCGUACAUCCGACUGACCGAGGAGUACGUCGACCCCAAGUCGCACAAGUUUAUACUGCUGCUCCAGUCCGAGACGUCCGUUUAACGGCGAGACGCUGGGCCACGGCAGCUGGUCUGAACUCACACAACUGCUGCAGUUUUGCGAUGAAUUUCAAAAAAAGAAAAGAAAAGAAACCUUUUUGUACCGUUUUUUGUACUUAUGUUGAUGUAUUUUUCUCAUGUGGACUACCGCCUGUCUCGAAACACGACAGAAGACAGAAAACAACCGGAAAUCCACGUGGAUAUCUCUCUCCUGACAUGAGCAGAAGGCAGUUUUCCUCCUCUAUGCACUACAGACAACAUAAACUCUCAUCUUUCUUGACUUGCAUGUGCCAGUGUGUGCCUGCCUGGGAGAGCUCGUUCUGAGGAGGGCUUUGUGGUUUUAUGAUAAAAAAAAAAAACAAAAAGUGGGUGCAUCUGUGUGGUUUUUACUUGUAGUAUUAUCUGCAGUCUGUCUCAACACGUCUUCUCUUUUCUCUGUAAUGACCGGGACACUUGUUACACGCCGGGUCAUCGGCUGGUAUUAUUUAACUGUCCUGUGUUACAGAUGUAUGUACAGUAUUUAUAUGUCAAUAUCCUUUAUCCCUACAGAAGUUUUUAUACAUUUAAAAAAAAUUGUGCAUUGCUUAAUGUUUUUUGAGAACUUGACAGAUUUUUUUUUUCUUUUUUGUACUGAUUUUAUCCGUCUGCGCUGUAUUUGAUGAAAUACCCUGUCUGUAAAUAGACCUCACCGCGUCUGUAAAUGUCAGAGAAAUGGCAGGAGUAUCUCAGACUGGAUGCCAACUGAAGCCAGACACUCGAGUCCACGGUGAAGGAACGUACCGGCCGCACGCUGUGUUUGUGUUCGUACAGUUUACACUGGAUGGUUAGCAGACCUGGUGAGAGGUGAGACAGAUCACCCUCCUGCGUAAUGUCAAAAAGACUUCCUUCACAAAUUAAUACCAAGUCAUUACUCUCUGUGAAGUGUUUAAAAAAAAGGAGUAAUUCAGAUCAAAUCAGCUCAUUCCAGUGUCAGUAUUCCUGCACAGUAGUUCCACUGUGAACACCAGAUUGUCACAAUGCUGCCACCUACUGGCCGCUACAGGAACACUAUCAAUCAAACUGACUGUAGAAGAAUUUCUUGUCUGUAUUUCU